AUGCAGAUCUUCGUGAAGACUCUCACUGGGAAGACGAUAACGCUAGAGGUUGAGCCGAGUGAUUCGAUAGAGAAUGUGAAGGCGAAGAUUCAGGACAAGGAGGGAAUUCCGCCAGACCAGCAGCGUCUGAUCUUCGCAGGGAAGCAGCUGGAGGACGGUCGUACACUGUCAGACUACAACAUCCAGAAGGAGUCGACUCUGCACUUGGUGCUUCGUCUUCGUGGUGGUAUGCAGAUCUUCGUGAAGACUCUGACCGGCAAGACGAUUACGCUGGAGGUGGAGCCGAGUGAUUCGAUAGAGAAUGUGAAGGCGAAGAUUCAGGACAAGGAGGGAAUUCCGCCAGACCAGCAGCACCAGCAGCGUCUGAUCUUCGCA